AUGGCGUCUUCGAGCGGGUAUGACGGCGAAGCAAAGGAUGUUCUAGGAUCCAGGCGGUCGACGGUGUUAUCGGCGGUGAACGAGAGCACGAAGUUUGUUGUCUCGUGCACCGCGCUCGGUUUCCUGCUCAUCAACCCGACAGCGGAGACGUGCUGGGCCCUGCUCGGGAGCGUCGUGAACAGCGUGAACGGGAAGAUUUUGAAGCGAGUGCUAAAUCAGGAGCGUCCGGAUGGAUCGAGGAAGGGUGAUCCCGGGAUGCCGAGCUCGCACGCGACGUCGCUGUCGUACCUGAGUGUGUACGGCGCCGCUUCGUUGGCGCAUUUUCGCGACGCCGCGCCCGCGUUGGGGUACAGCGGGCAGCUCAUCGUGAGUGGCGCGCUAGUUCUCGUCGGUAUGUGGUUGAGCUACCUGCGAGUGAGCACGGGAUAUCACACAGCGCCGCAGGUGGUUGUCGGAUACGGGUUGGGAUCGACGACGGCGCUCGCGUGGCUCUUCGUCGGAUUGAACUACGUCAAGCCCGCGCUGAUCGCGCAUCCAGAGAUGCUCAGGGUAUUACACUCGUUGUUGAUCAUCGCCAUCGGGUGGUUCGCGUUCUCCGCCCUGCACUGGGUCGAGGGUCUUGUCGAUUCGCUCAAGAGGAAAUUUUAUUCUUUAAAAUCUGACUAG